AUGGCAAAACUUUCGAGUUCAAGCUUUAUAUUUUUAUUCUAUGUGCUACUUUUAGUAAACACAUCAGAACAACAACUGCUAAUUAACUCUGCAAUAGCAACAUGUAAUUUUACUGCAUGUAAUUCUCAACGAUUACCAUGUUCAUCGAAUCCUGACUGCGAUUGUUUUUCACUAACAUCCAGUCCGAAUACAGGAAUAUGUGCUUCAACUAUUUUCUCCUGUGCAAGUUUUGUACGAUGUAAUAUGAAUAAUAUAACUUGUUCAAUUGAGAGUACAAUCUGUGUGAAUAGUACACGAUGUGGUCAACCAAUAUGUUAUCCAUUACCUAUGGCAAACAAACAAAUUUGUCCACCGAAGACUGUUACAACUACAACAUUACGAACAACAACUACAAGUAAGUACGUACAACCAGCACAACUAAAUCCACAACAAAGAUCACAACAACAACAACUCAAAGGACUACAACUACCACUAAAAAGUCGACAACAGUAA